AGCCUCUCAUCUUCUUGCAGCUCGUUCCGUGAAGUACAGGCGUGAAGGGGAAGAAGGAAAAGGAGAGGAAUACAUAUAUAUAUAUAUCUACAUUGAAAACACCUGCCUUUGUGGAUUGGUUUGGUUUGAUGGCCUCAAAGGUCGUUGUGUGUUUUUCAUUUUUUUUCUUUGUAAGGAAAUUUACGCCUUCUUGUCUUGAUUGGUUUUGUUUUGCUAUGUAGUUUAUCACUUGUGAGCGAUCUUUUAUCUACAUAACUGGGAUCUGCUGCGGUGAGACCGCGCCGCCUCCCUCCCGCCCUCCGUUUCCUCCCCAGGAAAAGAAUCAAGAACGCGCAUACACAACACACACACAGCCCGAUCUUCUCUUUACUGUCGCUUCCGUUCGAUCUUUGCACUGGUCUUUGCUCUUUGGUUUUUUUUUCAUGUUUUACUUCUUAAGUAUCUAUACAACUCACCUCAUCUGACGUACACGCACGCACAUACUUCCAGAAGCACCACCCGUUGUUGGUGUGUGUGUGUGUGUGUGUGUGUGUGUGUGUCGGUGUUUGCGCGUGUGCGUGCUGAAGGCGCUGGGUCGCAUCACGCGACACGACAACACGUCCGCUAUUCGGUGUCUCCCGUCAGAGGAGAAAAAAUAAAUGAAAGAAAGAAGAAUGAUAAUAGAAAGAAAGAACACAAACUUGAGCAGUCGUUGGAAUGCACAGCGCAACCCGUUUUGUGAGUCCUUCGCUGAUGCUCGUCUCUGUGUGUGUGUGUGUGUGUGUGUGUGUGUAUUCUCCGUGUUCAGUUAAGUACUCCUCUCAACCGAUGGCGAAGUUUCAGCCGUGAGAGGAAAGGGGAGGGCGUAUUUUGCCGCUUUUUGACUCCUCGUUGAUAGAGUCUCCGCAGCGCGCGCGGUAGCGUGACACGUGCACCGCUCAACCACCUGACUCAAGCCUUCUUAAUACCCCACCCUCUUACCCCUUCCCUCAUCACCCCAUCCCUCAUUCAUCAAUUUUUAUUCUAUUCCGCAUCUAUCUGUUUUUUGUCGGUGAUGAUGUUGGUGUCGGUUUUGUUUUUGUUUGCUUUACAAUAUACACUGACGACGGCUUCACAAUGAAGAAGAGCACACAAGGCUUUCCCUUAUGCGCGCCUACUCCUCCCAUCGAUUCACCGCCACACACCAUUGCCGUACACUUCAUCUCGUUCUCGCUCUCUCCUCGUCAGUUUUCUCUUCUCUUUUUAUUAAUUACUGUGCUUAAUAAGCGUGCAGCGGCUUCUAGCUGCACCCACCACUCUUCGUUGUUGUUCCACUCUUUCCUUCCGCCUUUUUUUUUCUUAUCUUGAUUUAUUUGUUUAUUACAGCUAGAUACAGUAUGAGCAGCAGAGCCAACCCCCCAACUACGUCGGGGAGCGUGGCGGUGAAGACACCCAAGACGACCGCGGCAGCACCGGCGUCCACCUCCGUCAACAGCUCUCUCUCCUCCAAGUCCAGUCCGAAGUCCGGCACGACCCCGCUCCUCGGCGGCGUGCGUCGCUCCUCCUUCACGCCCACGUCGAGCCCGACGGAUCGCACGGCGUCCGUCAAGACCCCGGCCCCGCCCGCGUCUCCGCCUUCGAGGGCGUCGACAGCGAAGUCAUCAACGUUUAUCCCUCCUUCGGACGCAGCCACAGCAGUAACGAAGGACAACAAUAGUGCCAGCAUGUCUCUCCCCCCGCCACCUCCGUCAAUUCGUAUUCCGUCUUCGUCUGGUGGGUCCGCGCCGGCGCAGGUCGUGCCUUCGGUGGUGAUGGAAGAGGAAACGGAGGGAGAUGACGCCCGCGGGUGGGACCCCGUCAUGGACGGCCGCUUCCGUGUCGCGCUGCUACACCGCUUCGCCGCAGCAGCGGUAGCCGACGACGACGACGAUGCUGAUGAUGGCGGGAAGAGAACUACAGCUGGUGGUGCUAGCAGCGCCGCACACCCGUCUGCCUUCGCCAACGCCGUGCCGGAGGAACUGAAUGAUGACGCGGCGGCGGAGUGCGAGGAGGAGGCGCACCGCACGCCGACGCACGACGCGUUCUGCAACAAGUACCUUCCCGGGGAGCCGUGUGUCGAGCUGGAGGUGGAGGCAUCGCUUGUGAACGCGAUCAACAGCGCGUACACCUCGACGGGCUAUCCGUUCGUCGUCACGUCCGGCAACACCCGCGGCGCCGUGUACGGCUCUUUCGUCGACACCCGCAACCCGGCGAUCAGCUCGCUUGAGCUGCCGCCGGCGCGGUCAUACGUCGUGGCCCCCAGCUACACCGGCGGCCAACAAGCCUCGCACGGCUUGACAGAGAUGGACACGCUGCUCGCCGUUCAGUGGGGGCGUGGGGAUCGCAUGAUGACAGCCGCAGGGUCGGCCGCGGCCGCUGCGGUGGCUGCCUCGCAAAGCAAGUCCGCCGCUACGGGCGGUGGAAGCGGCAACAGCAGCGCGGUAAGGGAAGGAAAAGCUGCGAGCCCGGGGUCACUGCCACGGCCAACUUCUGCCACUCUCGCGGGGGCUGGGCCGGCGGGCUUCCCGCACUCACCGGCCGUCGCGCGCACCAUCGCGCAUCACCUCGCGCAGUACCCCGAGGGCAUUCACGGAAUCCACACCUCGCCCAACCUACGCAGAAUUCUGAUCGAGGGGGAGCUGCCGACCGAGCACGCGCUGACGCCGUCGGCACCGUUGCAUGCGACGGCGUGCGCACCACUGGCGGUGCCCGGUGGAAGCGUAGGCGUCGUUGCUGCCGCUGCGGCGGCGGCUGGGAGCGGCAACAGCGAAGAAGCUGCAGGCUCACCGACCACGGCGCAGCCCCCGACGGCAAACGCGGAGGCCAAUGUACCGCCCUUGCCGCGCCCAUCAGAGAGCAACGCCCCGGUGCAGCACACCCUCGUCAGCGCCAGCACCUACAACCACCUCUCCGUGUACGUCGUCGCCCACCAAGAUGGCCGGAUGCUGUACACGGCAGCGCUGCAGAGCCUCUCCGCCAGCAUCGCAACCCGUAAAGUGACGGCGCAUCAGCUUAUUUUGGUCGGACGGGAGGAGGUACACGCCGCCGCAGGGCUCUCGAGCACGCAGAUCACGGCGGUCACGUCCAUGCCGGAGCGGCGCACCAAGAUUGCCUUCACGAACGUGCCGGUCGCCGGCGGCGAGGCGGCAGUGUUCUUUCAGUCCAAGACAUCACGCUUCGUCGGUGCAGACGCGACUCGCCGCACCGUGUCCGCUGCCGCCGUUCGCUUCACCGUGGAGCCGCACCUGAUCUUUGGCAACCAAAACGGUGAUAUUUUCAUCUUUAGUCUGCUGCAGGAGCGCAUCGUCCAGCACGUUAACUUCAACGCGGGCUCGGCGCAGGUCAGCACCUCCCUCGCGGGUGGGAACAGCGGGGUGGGCAGCAAGUUGAUCUGCUCCUCCGUCUCCAGCAUCGUCGAGGUGCAGAACGGGAUGGAGAAGAAGAUGGCGAGCAUGGUGGAGUACGCCAUGGUGGCGAAGCGCAACCACCGCGGCUACUUCGAGAGCGACGACGUGCCGUCGAGCUUCACCCCGGUAGGUGCGAGCGAGCCGACACACUACUACUACCCCGUGCCGCCCUCCCUCUACGCCGUGGGCUUCGACAACGGCCAAAUGCUGCUGCUGUGCGUCACCUGCGAAGGCGGGUGGAUGCUGCGCCACUUCAGCAGUCAGUACUUCGGUCUUCGCCCGAUCCACGCCAUCGCAGUCCGCGUCCCACCCUUCUACACGCGACUCUGGACGAGCUGUUUGCCGACGAUCGCAAAAGGAGAAGCGUCCGCAUCCACCACUCCAAUCACCGCCCUCGUUACACCGGAGCAGGCGCUGAUCGUCCACGAGGAGGAGCAGCACAUCGCCGCCGUCGCGUGCAACGGCGGCGUCAUCGCGUUGGUGCGGCUGCCGGGCAUGGAAAUCAUUUCCUCCGUUGCUCCGACCGAGUACAACGCUGUCGGCGAGAUCCUCGCGCUGCAGUGGACGUCGACGUCGACCCGGCACUUGCUGAUCCCCGACGUGCUGGUGGCGUCGGGCGAAGAUGACACGAUGACGGCUUUCCAGCUGCUCUGGCCCUCGACGACGAGUGGCGGAGAGUCGAGCUACCACCCGCACCUGUACAUCAACAACGGAGUGGACACCGUCUCCCACCUUUCCUCGAACGAGUCCAUUCUCGCCGGGGGUCGACUCCGCAUUUUGGAGAAGAAAAAGUUUCAUCGGAGCUGGGUGAACCGGCUAAACUUGUUCCCCAUCGCCCUGCCGGCGGCGAGCACCACGCCGUCGCUCCGCGGUAGCAGCAACAGCGGGGUCGGCGACAGCAGCAACGCACGACGAGCUUCUUGCGCCACCGGGGGCGGCAUGCCGCAGUACCUCGGCGUUUGUCUGCUCGCGACCUCCUACGAUCGUCGCACCUCCUUCUGGCCGUACAUCUUCAACAGCAGCGAGGACCUCGCCGAGGACGGCAACGCCGUACACGACAGUCUGAUGGAGCCGGCGGUGGGUGGACACGAGUUUCGUGGAAGGCCAUCUCUGCUGUCGCAGCAGCUCGCGUCAAUGGCGGUGACCGCCGCGCCGGAUCACUACGUGCUCGUCGAUGGCCCGACCGCUGCACGCCCGCUGCACACGGAGCUCGUGGUGAGCGUCGCCGCGGCUGGUGGGGGGAGCAGCUUCUUCCUGACGACCGUGUGCUGCCGCGGUAAGGUGAAGUUCUGGUCCUUGAAGGUGAAAACUUGA